AUGCCAGCUCCUCUGCUUCCGCUACUGCUGCGAACACUGCUGUCCCGCCUGCUGCUGCCUGCUGCCCGUCUGGCCCGCCAGUACCUCCUGCCCCUGCUGCGCCGACUGGCUCAACGCCUGGGCUCCCAGGGCACACGCGAGGCUUUGCUGGGCUGCCUGCUGUUUGUCCUCAGCCAGCGACAGCCGCCAGAAGCCAGCGGGGAGGCCUCCCGAGUGGCUGACCGAUCAGAGAGGAGGAAUGAAUUAGGCCACCAAAAGUGA